CCAGCCAUGUCCUUCCGGAAGGUGGUUCGGCAGAGCAAGUUCCGGCACGUGUUCGGGCAGCCGGUGAAGACGGAGCAGUGCUACGACGACAUCCGCGUGUCCCGCGUCACCUGGGACAGCACCUUCUGCGCCGUCAACCCCUCCUUCGUGGCCAUCAUCGUGGAGGCCAGCGGCGGCGGCGCCUUCCUCGUGCUCCCCUUGCACAAGACCGGCCGCAUCGACAAGUCCUACCCCACGGUGUGCGGGCACACGGGCCCCGUGCUGGACAUCGAUUGGUGUCCCCACAACGACCGCGUCAUCGCCAGCGGCUCCGAGGACUGCACCGUUAUGGUCUGGCAGAUCCCGGAGGGCGGCCUGAGCCAACCGCUGACGGAGCCGGUGGUGAUGCUCGAGGGGCACUCCAAGCGCGUGGGCAUCAUCGCCUGGCACCCCACUGCCCGCAACGUGCUGCUCAGCGCCGGCUGCGACAACGUGGUGCUCAUCUGGAACGUGGGCACGGCGGAGGAGCUCUACCGCCUGGACGGGCUGCACCCGGACCUCAUCUACAGCGUGAGCUGGAGCCGCGACGGCGCCCGCUUCUGCACCGCCUGCAAGGACAAGAGCGUCCGCGUGGUCGACCCGCGCCGCGGCACCGUGGUGGCCGAGAAGGAGAGGGCCCACGAGGGGGCUCGCCCCAUGCGAGCCAUCUUCUUGGCCGACGGCAAGAUCUUCACCACCGGCUUCAGCCGCAUGAGCGAGCGGCAGCUGGCGCUGUGGGACCUGGAGAACCUGGACGAGCCCAUGGGGCUGCAGGAGCUGGACUCCAGCAAUGGGGCUCUGCUGCCUUUCUAUGACCCCGACACCAACGUGGUCUAUGUGUGCGGCAAGGGGGACUCGAGCAUCCGGUACUUCGAGAUCACGGAGGAGCCUCCCUACAUCCACUUCCUCAACACCUUCACCAGCAAGGAGCCGCAGCGGGGCAUGGGCUGGAUGCCCAAGCGCGGGUUGGACGUCAGCAAGUGCGAGAUCGCCAGGUUCUACAAGCUCCAUGAGCGCAAGUGUGAGCCCAUCGUCAUGACGGUGCCGAGGAAGUCGGACCUGUUCCAGGACGAUCUGUACCCGGACACGGCGGGCCCCGAGCCCGCCAUGGAGGCGGAGGAGUGGGUGUCGGGGCGCACGGCGGGGCCGGUGCUGCUCUCCCUGCGCCACGCUUACGUGCCCAGCAAGCAGCGGGACCUCAAGGUGAACCGGCGCAGCCUGGGCCACGACGGGCGGGCACCGGGCACCGGCACCACCGGCAGGACCACGCCGCCCCCCACCAACACCGCCCGCGUCAGCGCACCCCCGGCACUGGGCACCGGCACCGCAGCCAACCCG